AAACCAAUGUUAAAACAACAAACUCCACAAUUUCUAUUUGCAAACAAAAUACUUGAAGUAACACAAGAUUACAACUAUUUAGGUCUUAAACUUACAACCAAUGGGAAAUUUACCAUAGCAAUGAAACAACUUCCUGAUAAAGCAAAACAUGCUAUGUUCAGCACAAAGAAAAAAGUUGAUUUUCAUUCACUCAAUCCAAAACUAGCAAUCAAAAUUUUUGACA